AUGCCUACCCCUCUCACCAUCGAUGAGGCCAACAGAGCCGUCUUCGAAAACCCCGAAAGUCCAUUCUACAUGGUCGAUGGUCUGCAUCCACACUUCAAGACCCCAGUGAAGAAGUUCAAGAAUGCCCCUCAAAAUGGUACCGAGCUAUGGAAAAACAUGGCUACUAGCUUCCCAAACAAUGAGUUCGUGUUGUACUAUGACCAUGUCAACAAGGAGGAAAUUCGAAUGACCUUUAGCGACGUUGAUGCAAUGGUCAAGAAACUCGCUGCUGCAUUGGUACAACACUAUGGAAUCAAGCGUGGUGAACGUGUUGGUCUCGCAAUGCGUAAUCAUCCUCUGUGGUAUGCAUUCCAUUGGGCCAGUGUUGUCGCAGGAGGCUGUUCUGUACCAGUAAACUCUUGGUUGACUGGUGAAGAAAUGGCUUGGUGUGUGCAGGACUCUGGCUGUAAAGUUAUCUUGGUCGACCAAGACCGAUACGAGCGUCUCUUGCCCAACUUGAAGGAAUUACAAGCCCAAGGCCUCGAAGCUGUAAUCUUUGCUGGAAAGGGAAAGGCUCCAGCUGGAACGGUCUCCAUCAACGAUCUAUUGGACGCUUACGGCUCAACAAGGGAAUACCCUCAAAUCACUCCUCCUCUGCACGAAAACGACAAUAUGAUUAUCAUGUAUUCGUCUGGUACAACUGGUCGUCCCAAAGGUGUUAUAACUCAUCACGGAAUGUGGUGCUUUACAACAAUGGCUGGAUUAGCUGGUGGAAUGCUUGCUUUGUUACGGCAAGGCCUGGACAUGCCUGACCCAGCCACGGUACCUCUUCCAAGUAUACUUGCACCUGUGCCCUUGUUCCAUCUUACCGCAUACGCAUUCACAUUGGGGGUUCAGCUACGUGGAGGCAAAGGUGUUUUGAUGUACAAGUGGGAUCCUUCCGCUGCUCUUGAAUUGAUGGAAAAGGAAAAAUUGACAGCCUUUGUCGGUGUUCCAUCUAUGGUUUGGCAGCUCAUGGAAGAGCCAACAUUCUCGAAACGUGACCUUUCUGCAAUGACUGGUUUGUCAUUUGGUGGCGGCCCAUCAUCACCAGAAAUGUUACAACAGACCAAGCAAAAGUUCCCAGUUUCCACCUUCAAAGGAAACUCUUACGGAGUCCUUAUCGACGUCUUCCUAGCCACCGAAUGUCACGGCAUUGCUACUAACGUUUUGGAAGGUUACGAGAAGAAACCAGAAUCAGUUGGUGUACCCCCAUACUAUGUUGAAGUAAAAAUCACGAAUGCUGAGGGAACAAAGAUCAUGCCACGUGGAACACCUGGAGAGAUUUGGACCAAGAGCUGUUCAGUUUCGAAAGGAUACUGGCGUAAUGAGAAGGCUACCAACGAAGCCUUCCAAAAUGGAUUUUACAAGACAGGAGAUGUUGGACGAGUGGAUGAAGACGGUUACCUAUUCUUGAUGUCUCGUUCCAAGGACAUGAUAAUAAGAGGUGGAGAGAACAUCUACUGUGUCGAAAUUGAAAACGCAUUGGCUCAACAUGAAGCCGUCAUUGAAGCCACUGUCUUCGGUGUUGAACAUCGUAUUAUGGGUGAAGAAGUCUAUGCUGCUGCUCAGAUCCGUCCAGAGUUUGUCGGCAAAGUUACUUCAGAGUCCUUGAGAGAGUUCUUGAAGGCAAAGAUUGCGGGAUACAAGGUCCCCGUUUACAUUGACUUACGUACUGAAAUAUUAACUCAAGGCCACACCAACAAGGUUCUUAAACGUGCAGUCAAGGAAGAAGUAAUGGCCAAGUUGAAGGCUACUGGAGAACAAGCUCGUUUGUAA